UGCGGUCGCACGCUAAAUAUUUAACUUAAUAUUUAGCAUAAAUAUUGAAUAGUUGUUGAUUUUCUUUAUUAAAGUUAACAGUGUAUACACUUUUGUUGGGAUGGCAAAUAAAAGUUUCAAAGCUUUUCCAAACUGCGUAAGUUCACCAGCUACAUACCCCCUGACAGCAGAACAGCUACAAUUCUACAGGGAGAACGGCUACCUGGUCAUCAGGGGACUGAUCAGUCAACCAGCUCUAAAUAGUUACAGACAACGCUUCAAGGAUGUAUGUAACGGAAGGGUGGAGAAAGGAGUGGUGACAGUCGUGAAGGACCGAGCCCUCAGCAAGACGAAGACGAACCCUGAAGAUUAUAUCAAUAAGAUCCAAGAACUUCUUUACGAUGAGGUGUACAGCACUUACUCGGAGGAUCCCCGCCUUCUGCAUAUCGUGUCACAGCUGGUGGGCAGUGACCACAUCACAGCAGUCAACUGCAUGCUCAUCAACAAGCCUCCCGGGACCAGCGAACAUCCCCCUCAUCAGGACCUGUUCUACUUUCCGUUCCGCCCUGCCCACAAGAUAGUGGGCACAUGGACCGCUGUUGACCCGGUGGACAUGAACAACGGCUGUCUGUACAUGGUGCCCGGGUCGCACAAGCCUAACGUAUUGUAUGACCAUGGUGACCAGAUCAAUGAUAGCAAGCUAUUCUUCACGACUAUAGUGAAUGCCGGCGAGGUUGCCCCGGAACACAGGCGGGUUUACCUGGAGAUGGCUCCCGGAGACACGGUGUUCUUCGCGCCCGACCUCGUGCAUGGAUCCAGGCCUAAUAUAUCGCAGGGCUACCGUAAAGCAAUGACAUGCCACUACGCCAGCAGUGAGUGCUGGUACAUCGACGUGUAUCGCACCAACCAGGCGAGACUCGCGGAACAGAUGGAGACAGAGCUUCGGAGAAGAGGAGGAGAUCUUAGUUAUGUUGACCUGUGGCGCAUUAAAACGAAGCAAGUUAGGGGAGUGAGAAGCAACCUGUAAUAUUAUCAAUUUCGUAUUUUUUCAUAUGAGAAGUAAAAAUUUUGGAGAAAAAGAAAAUAAAUCUACCAAGAUAUGUGAAUAUUUGGUACACCACUUUAGAUAAGUACAUAUUUAUUAUACUAUCUAUGGAAAGUAGGAGGGAUUUUGUAUAAUCUGUUUCAAAAAAUAAAAAUCUUUUAAAAUUAUACAAAAAUAUUUUAUUUCAUUUACAAUCUUAGGUACGGUAAACUUAUAACUAACUCUUGUAAUACUCUUAUUCGGUUAUUUUUAAGUUAAUAUUCUUCGGAAUUAUUAAAUUAUAUUUAUAUUUGUAACU